AUGGCAAGAAGUACAAGUAGAGAUAGAUAUAAAGAAAGAGAUCGUGAUAGAGAUCGCGAUAGAGAAAGGGAUAGGGAUCGUGACAGAGAUAGAGAUAGAGAUAGAGACAAUGAUAGAUAUAGAGAUAGAGAUAAUAGAGACAAUGAUAGAUAUAAUAAUAGUAGAGAUAGAGAAAAGGAUCUUGAUAGAGAAAGAGAAAGAGAUAGAGAAAGAGAAAGAGAAAAGGAUAGAGAAAGAGAAAGAGAUCGUGAAAGACAAAGAGAAAAGGAUAGAGAAAAAGAAAAAAAGAGAAAGGAUAGAGAUGAUAGUUCUUCUGAAUCGGAAUCUAAAUAUAGAAAAGAAAAGAAAGAUAAAAAAAAGAAAAAAGAACAUAAAAAGAAACGACGUGAUAAAGAAGAAGAAGAAGAACCUUCACAUGAUGAAGAUAUUGAAAUAGAUCAUGGAACAAUUGGAGGAGGAUAUACAAAUCAAGAUAAUCCGUUUGGAGAUUAUAAUUUGGCAAAAAAGUUUGUUUGGAAGGCAAAAAAGGAAAAGCUUAUCAAGGAGGGAAUGAGUAGUGACGACUAUGCCAAGAAAUAUGAACGUAAUAGAAAGACUGAAAUUCAAGAGGAAUUGGAACGUGCCAAAAAACGUAGAGAAGAACGUGAAAAGGAACAAGAGUUGUGGGAACAGGAAAAGGAUCGUCUACAACGUAUGCGUGACACUGAAAACGUAGAGGAACUCAUGAAAAAGGAAGAAGAGUUUCAUUUGGAUCAAGCGUAUCGCAAGAGUGAGCUAAGGUUGUCAGAGAAUCGACCUGUACCAAUCGACGUUUUGUAUCGGUGUGUUCACAUGACACCUGGUGUAUCGUAUCGUUAUGAUGGGGUCGAUCCUACCACUGUGAUGCGGUCACUUGACAAGGAACGUCUCGAGAUUCUCGAGGCCGACGUUAAAAACUUUAUCUUUCUCGAUUAUGACCACGAGGUCUAUUGGAAUGCGUGUCUAGUGGUCGUCGAAAACGAACUAAAGGAACGGUAUGGAGUCGACCAAGACAACGAAACAUCGACCAAAGACACUCGUGAGACUGUGCAUCGGUCAGUCACAUCGGACAUUCUCGACAACUUUCGUGGCAAGACGUAUCGUGAAUUGGUAGAGUUGGAUCAACAAAUCAACACGAAAAUUGGAUCGGGUGGUUCCAUCAAUGUAGAGUAUUGGCAAACUGUACUCACUCACUUGCAACCAUUCAAGGCUGCUACCUAUAUUGGAGAAGUUCAUCGCGCUAGUCUAAAGUCAAAACAAGAAGAUCGCGAAACUUUUAAAUUUAUUAAAAAUGUUCAUAAUGAUAUGGUUAAAAAUAACAACAAUAAUAAUAUAGAUCAACAAGAUGAUGAUAAUAAUGAAUCAGAGGCAGAAUUAUCAUUCUUUAAUAGAACAUCAACUACUAGUACAAUGAUCCAACCAAUUACAUCUAAAACAAUUAUUGCAAAUGGAGAUGGUGAUGAUGGAGGUGACGAAGAAAAGAAACCAGCCAAUAGUGAAUCUUGGAUGGACGAGGAAACUGAAGAUAAAUUUGAAACUGAAGUGUUGCUCGAAACCAAACACUAUGCUUGGCAUGACAAGUAUCGUCCUCGUAAACCAAAAUUCUUUAAUCGUGUUCACACUGGUUACGAUUGGAGUAAAUAUAAUAGAACUCAUUAUGAUCAUGAUAAUCCUCCUCCAAAGGUUGUUCAAGGUUAUAAAUUUAAUAUAUUCUAUCCAGAUUUAAUUGACAAGACAAAGGCACCACAAUUUUUCGUUCAACCUUCAGAUGAUGGAUCCGAUACUGUCAUUUUAAGAUUCCAUGCUGGUCCACCCUAUGAAGAUAUUGCAUUUAGAAUCGUUAAUAGAGAAUGGGAACAAUCUCAUCGCAAAGGUUAUAAAUGCGUUUUUGAUAAGGGUGUAUUACACUUGUGGUUCAAUUUUAAGAGAUUUAGAUAUAGAAGAUAA